AUGUUCUGCCUACGAAGUUGGCUACCUCUCCUCUUCAUCCCGACCAACGCAUCACCACUCUUCAUCGUUUCGUUCGUCGCCUUAACAUAUAUCAUCCACCGGCCAUGUGUCUACUGCUCGGCCCUCCUCCUGAUCCUCUUCGUAUCCUCAUGUCACUGGUCAGACCGCUGUAUAUUUGACCUUCGAAGCAACUGGUUUGCCCCGCGGUACAGCUCGGCAUCUAGCGACUACGGCGCUAUCUCAGGCAACAACGCCUCUGUUGCGGCUCCGAGUGAUGGAAUGGCAGAAUUCAUCUUCGACACAGUUAAUUCUACCGCUAAGGCUCUGGCCGGUGCUGCUAUGGAGGGUGUGCAACAUCGCCUCGCCUCCAAUAGUUUGGAAUCAAAACCCGACGAGUGGACUGGCGUUGGGCUAGAAUGGAUGCGCAGUCUCCUCGGCAGACGGGAAUGGACUCUCCCAUGUGUGGAUGUGAAGGUCCGUCUUUGA